AAUAUUCAGCGACGCUCUACGGUUUGUGUACAAUUUCAAGCUUGACGGGAGGGUUACGUUUAGGACAACUGCAUCAAAUGUGUCUUUGUUUUGUUUUUUAAUCGUGAGAAUUCCCUCGAUCCUCUAUUUACUCAAGUCUAUCUGCACAUCUCUGUUGAUGGGUACUGUCAUAUAGUUGUUUUUGCACUAACAUAAAGGAAUUUCAAUUCUAGUUUUCAGAGAGAGUACAUGUAUCUCUUGGCCAGCUUUUAAUUAAUUAAUUACUAAUAUAUUAUGCAAACGAAUGCACAUUACAGUGAAUGUUGAUCUCAGUAUGUCCCUGCACAAGAUGCUCAUCUAGCGCCCCUAUUUUUUUAUGUGCCACUUUAUUGUAGCCUGUGAACAUAUGCCUUAUGCUGCCCCCACUGAAAGAUUAGUUAGUUGUCAGGCAGAUAUUGCUCGUCCCCAACAAUGGUGUGGUACGGCCAGCCGUCUGUCGCUGUGUGAAUGGAACUGUCAGUUGGUCCGUCUGUAAACCAGGCCUGACUCAUGACUGAGUACUACGAGGAGGGGGGGCUGCUGUACGAGCACUCGCCUCCGAUGCACAUCAAAGUGGAGUCUCCGGAGGGACCCUUCGGAGGGGGCGUCUCAGAGGACGGCUUUCCCAGGGAGGAUGAGGACUCGGAAGGCAGCUGCGACCAAAGCAGUGGGCUGCCUGGUGGACUCCCCUUCAACGUGGUAGUGGUGCAUCCGAACAUCAUGACUCCUGGCAUGUCCUCAGAUGACCUCCUAUCCAUGGAACAGCCAGGGGGUGCAGGCAAGAGGAAGAGUCGUUUUAGCGGUGCAGAGCUGGAGGUGCUGGUUUCUGAGGUGACGCGGUGUGAGGGAGAGCUUUUUGGUCCUGCUGGGAGACUCCGGCGCAGGGAGAGAGAGAGGAUCUGGGCAGGAAUCCUGGAGCGGGUCAACGCUGUGUCCAGAGUCCCUCGCACCCUCCGCGAGGUCAAGAAGCGCUGGGACGACCUGAAGAGACGCAAUGGAGGCAGGCUGGCAGACGCUAGGCACCGAACUUGUUACCUGCCAUCUAAUAGAGGGGCUUCCAUGCUGGAAAGGUCAGCUCAGGCAAGCCCCAGGCUUCACCAGGCCAGACAGAAGCAAAGCACCAGAGGGAAGGCCAGUUUCACAUGCUUCACUGAUACAGAACCAGUGGGUGGAGGUGAAGGGUCGGAGAGGGAUGGCUUUGAGAAGGAUGAGGAUAGUGGUGAGCGGGAAGGGGAAGGGGAGGCGGGAGAGGCGGAAUGCGAGGGGGCAGAGAGCAGUAUGGAGGAAAAGCUGGGUUUAGGACUGGGAAUAGGGCCUCCCCCUAACUCGGAACGCUGGCUGCCUCCCUCUCCCCUCUACAGCGCCCCUUUCCUCAAUGGGACCCCUCAGCCUAGUCCCCAGCCCUCACUAGGGGCCCAGCAGGGACCCCUGGAGGCCCCUCCUCGCGGCUCAUGGCUGGAGGACGAGCUCCGCGGCAUGGGGGAGGCAGCUCUGCAGCUGGGGGAUCGGGUGGAGCAGAGUCUUCGGGAGUUUGGGGAGGGAUUCAGACGUGAUAUGAGAACAUUAGUGGUCUCUCAAGAAGCACUGGCAACCAGCCUACAGCAAAACAAUGUUCUCCUGCAAAGGCUGCUGGGAGUCCUAGAGGCACAGCAGCAGCAACAACAACAACCACCACAGCAGCAGCCACAUCAUUCCCAAAAACAACAGCCACAACAGUCAAUAACGCAGCAACCACAACAGUUACAGCAACAGCAACCACAGCCUCAACAACUGAUUCAGCAGCAGCAGCAGCCGCAGCAACAACAACAGAUACAAUUGCUGGUGCAGCAGCAGCAACAACAACAGAUACAACCGCUACCACAGCAACCGCAACACCCCCAGAGUCCAAGUAAUUUAGCAGUUGCCCCUGUACCACCACCCCCAGAUAUUCUUGAUGGUACCACCCGUCCAAAUCCACCCGCAGUCAUUAAUGGAAUCGUCCAACGGCCAAGGCGGGGGAGAAUUGUUGAUCAUAGACGAAGAAAAAGGCGUUAGAUAAAGAGAUGUAAAUAAGCUUUGAUGUACUUUAUUUAUUUUCUUUUAUACAAUCUGAUUUGAAAUUAUUGUGUCCCUCUAAUUUCAACCAACGUUGAAAAAGUUAUGUUUCAUGAGUACAUUUGUUGUGUAAAGUAUUCAGACCCCUUGACUUUUUCCACAUUUUGUUACGUUACAGCCUUAUUCUAAAAUUGAUUAAAUUAAUGUUUUUCCUCAUCAAUCUACACACAAUACACAAUAAUGACAAAGCGAAAACAGGUUUUAAGAAAUGUUUACAUAAGUACUUAGACCCUUUGCUAUGAGACUUGAAAUUGAGAUCAGGUGCAUCCUUUUUCCAUUGAUCAUCCUUGAGAUGUUUCUACAACUUGGAGUCCACUGUGGUAAAUUAAGGUCCCAGAGUUGACAGUGUAUGUCAGAGCAAAAACCAAGCCAUGAGGUGGAAGGAAUUGUCUGUAGAGCUUUAAGACAGGAUUGUGUCAAGGCACAGAUCUGUGGAAGGGUACUACAAAAUGUCUACAGCAUUGAAGGUCCCCAAGAACACAGUGGCCUCAAUCAUUUUUAAAUGGAAGAAGUUUGGAACAACCAAAAUCUUCCUAAAGUUUGCCUCCCGGCCAAACUGAGCAAUUAGAGAAGGGCCUUGGUCAGAGAGGUGACCAAGAACCCAAUGGUCACUCUGACAGAGUUCCUCUGUGGAGAUGGGAGAACCUUCCAGAAGGACAACCAUCUCUGCAGCACUCAACCAAUCAGGCCUUUAUGGUAGAGUGGCCAGAUGGAAGCCACUCCUCAGUAAAAGGCACGUGACAGCCUGUUUGGAGUUUGCCAAAAGGCACCUAAAGACUCUCAGACCAUGAGAAACAAGAUUCUCUGAUCUGAUGAAACCAAGGUUGAACUCAUUGGCCUGAAUGCCAAGCAUCACGUCUUGAGGAAACCUGGCACCAUCCCUACUGUGACGCAUGGUGGUGGCAGCAUCAUGCUGUGGGGAUGUUUUUCAGCGGCAGGGACUGGGAGCCUAGUCAGGAUUGAGGGAAAGAUGAACAGAGCAAAGUACAGAGAGAUCCUUGAUGAAAACCUGCCCCAGAGCGCUCAGAACCUCAGACUGGGGCGAAGGUUCACCUUCCAACACCUUCCAACAGGACAACUCAGCCAACUCAGGACAACUCAGCACUCAGCCAAAACAACGCAGGAGUGGCUUCGGGACAAGUCUCAAUGUCCUUAAGUGGCCCAGACUUGAACCCGAUCGAACAUCUUUGGAGAGACCUGAAAAUAGCUGUGCAGCAACCCUACCCAUCCACCCUGACAGAGCUUAAGAGGAUCUGCAGAGAAGAGUGGGAGAAACUCCCUAAAUACAGGUGUGCCAAGCUUGUAGCGUCAUAACCAGGAAUGCUGUAAUCGCUGCCAAAGGUGCUUCAACAAAGUACUGAGUAAAGGGUCUGAAUACCUAUGUAAAUGUCAUAUUUCAGUGUUUAUUUUUUAUAAAUUAGCAAACAUUUCUAAAAACUUGUUUUUGCUUUGUCAUUAUGGAGUAUUGUGUGGAUGAAGAAAAAAGCCAUUUAAUCAUUUUUAGAAUAAGGCUUUAACUUAACAAAAUGUGCAAAAAGUCAAGGGGUCUGAAUACUUUCCGAAUGCACUGUAUAUAUUAUUUAAACUAAACACAGUAGGCUAUUUGAAGGUUCAGCCCUGAUCCAUAUAUAUUAGCAUAAUGUAUUGGUUAGAAGUUGCUGCAAUAGAACCAAGAAAUGUCAGAGAUUUCUGUUUUGUCCAAAUCUUGUAGAUAGACAAUCUGCAUUACAUUAACAAAAAGCACAUUGGAGUCUGCAGCAAUCUAUCAUUAGAGCAUAUUAGUAAAUGACCAUUGAAAUGUAAUAUACCAAUGCAUAUGUACAUGUUCUGAUUGCUCUUCCAGUUUUAUGAUACAUAUUAAACAUGCAUUGUGUGACAGGCUGGACAUACACAUGCAAAUCUUAGAAAAAAAGUAUUAUACAAUGGGUAUUUAACAUGUGAUGAUAAAUCAUUUUAUAAUUGGGCUAUAAUGUUUAAGAUAUGGAAAUGUUUCCCUACAUAGCUCUUAAAUGAAAAUCUGCAUCAGUAUGUAUUUUGCUUCAGAUUUUCUUUCUGUUUUUCGUGAUGUUAUCAAUUUACUAAGCAUUAUCUGCAAGUAUGAUGUAUGUGUUAUCUUGCAUGCAGUGUGUGAUGUGUAGACAAAAUGCAAGGGAUCUGUAAAAAAAAAAUUGCGCAUUUGUGAAACCAUUUUGCACAAUUUAUAUACCUAAAUAUAGUUUUAGGGUCUGACUCUGUUCUGAGACAUGUAUUGACUAAAGAUGAAUAAAGACAACCCUGAACUAUAUCUCA